AUGGCCUUUGCUCUUCCUCGAGGCCUUGGCCCCGUGCGAUUGACCAUCAUUUUUCUGGUUCUCUUGUCACUUUUGGUCUUUCGUUCAUACUAUUUACCCGCACCUGGCCAGCCUGAUGCAGUUUCUGCUGCAUCGAAAGGCUGGCUAUCGGGUUUCCAAUCCGAGUUCGCAGACGACACAGGAGAUGUUGACUUGGAUCGCAAUUAUUCUCCUUUGGAAGACGGCGAAAACAAUCAAACUUUGUCAGACACAGCAGACCUGGCGGAUACCCCAGACCUUUUUGAAGACAAAGACGACAACAUUCCGUUCAAUCCAACACCUUCUACUUCCUCCCCGCCCAAGUCUCCCUCCACGACUGUGAACUCGCUGGAUGCCUCCGAUAUCCCCCUAUGCCGCCAAUUGCCAGGCGCAGAUCAAGUGGUAAUCAUCGUCAAGACGGGUGCCACAGAGGCUUUCGCGCGACUACCCCAGCAGCUCUUAACACUGGCGGAAUGUGUCCCCAAGUUCAUGGUCUUCUCAGACAUGGCACAAGACAUGGGUGACUUCCACAUCUACGAUGCCCUAGACGAGGUUGGCAAGGAGUAUAAGGAGAAUCACGAGGAUUUCAAGUUCUACAAUCAGGUUCACGACGCGCAUGCUAUUCACGGUGACGUGAGUGUGCUGGGAUCCGAGAAAGGCUGGAAUCUGGAUAAAUGGAAGAAUAUCCCAAUGCUCCACAAAGCAUACACCGUCUACCCUGACGCAGAUUGGUAUAUGACCAUUGAUGCAGACACGUAUCUUGGCUGGACCAAUCUCCUACUUCUUCUCAACAAAAUGGAUCCAGAAGAGCCCCUGUAUGCUGGCUGUGUCUAUUGGCAUGGCCCCACCGCCUUUGCACAGGGCGGCACAGGUUAUCUUCUCUCCAAGGCAUCUGUCAAAAAGUUCGAGGAAAUUCGCACCCCCGAAAAGAUCGCUGAUUGGGAGAAAGAGACGUCCACCAUUUGCUGUGGUGAUGUGAUGCUUGGAGUCGCCAUGGGCCAUGCUGGUGUCAGUGUCAGUGGUGCUUGGCCUAUGUUUCAGGUCGAUCCGCCCUCUGGACUCACUUGGAGUGACGCAUACUGGUGUAAACCAGCAAUCACGUGGCAUCACUCCCCAACCUAUGAGGUGGAAGCCUUGUGGGACUUUGAGAAAGCAUGGCUGAACAAAACAUGGGACGAUGAAGACCCCGGCUCUGUUCCCUACCUUUACAAAGACGCUUUCGAGUAUUUCGUCGAACCGGUCAUCGGCAAGGAGGUCCCCAAUUGGGAUAACCUGUCAGGCGACAUGACCUAUACAAAACCUACCGAGGACCACGUGAAGGAGGAUAAUGACUGGGACUGGAAGAACGCUGAAGAAAAGCAAAAGCUUUGGGAUGACUUGAAAGACGGGCAGAAGAAAUCAGUCGAGUCCAUCAAAGAUUGUGUAGCAGCGUGUACCCAGGAUACAGAAUGCAUCCAAUGGACAUGGCAUCCAGGAACCUGCAAGCUGCAAAAGACCAUCAAGCUGGGCCGCACAGUUGAUGCGAAGAAAGAAACUACUUCUGGUUGGAUGCUAGAGCGCGUUCAAGAGUUCAAGAAGACCAGGGGCAGCUGUGAGGAUGCGACGUGGUCUGUGGAUGGAAUGUGA